AGCCCGAAGUGGGGGCUGCCCCGCUAUGGGGAGCAUGCACCCAGCCCAUGUGCUCAUGCUCAGCACCAUGUUGGGCGACGUUUCUGCGCCUGCUCCUUUCUGCCUAGCCCCACCUUGGCUGGUUAAACAGGUUUGAAGUCCAGACGGGAAAAAAAAAAAAAUCAGAAGCAUUUCGCAAGCUCGCUGCCCUGCAGCUGCCGCUGCACAGCUCCGCGCCCCAUGGCCCCCUGCCCUUCUCCAAGGUAAAGCCAGAAGGGAUGAGAGCCUAGUCUCUUCCUGACAACCCAAAACAAAGGAGAGCUUCUCACCAGUCCCCAGCUACAUCUCCAGUAGCACAGAGCCAGCCCCCCUCAUGGCUGCUGCUGACCCCAUACUGCCACCAGAGGAGGUGGCUUUGCUAGAGCUGGGGAAGGUGGCCCCGGCCACCCCCCUUGACAAGGUGCCUCCAGCCCCAAAUGAACACCCAGGGGAUCCCGACGCCACCCUGCUGUGGGACCAGUGCCAGCACGGUGCCCAGGGCCAGAAGGAGCCUACGGAGACUAAGAGGCGCUCAAGUCCUGAGGGGGGCCAUGAGGAUCCCGAGGAGGCUGCUCCUGUGUGCCCCCCAGCCGAAUCUGAAGAUGAUGAAGCCCAUGGGCUGCCCGUGAUGGCAGCCCACGUCUUUGUGCCCAUCAACCCACAGUGCAUUGAGCGGAAGAAGCAGCCCACCCCGUGGCCCCAGGAGGAGGGCAAGGGAGGCUGCAUCCCCCACGGGGACAGACCCGAUAGCCUCCGCCAGAAGCAGGUCUUCCUUCCAGUCAGCCCCUUGCGCUACAGGGACCCAGCGGGCUUUGAGGGGCUAGUGGCUAAGCCAUCAGCUGAGAGGUCAUCGUGUCCAUGCAUCAGGGACUGCAGUGCCGAUGGCCUCAAGGCUGUGGCCUCAGUGGUGGGGGCCCUGUUCCUGUGCCCCUGCCUCAUCUAUGGGGCCUAUGUCUUCCUGCCUUUUGAUGCUCCACUCCUGCCCACCGUCAGCGCCCGCCUGGUCUACACACUCCGCUGUGCUGCCUUUGCCACCUUCCCCAUUGUCCUGGGGAUGAUUGUCAGCGGCAUCUCCCGCCUCUGCUCCUCUGCACUGGAGCCCUUCGGAGAGCUACAGCAGGAGGUGGAGAUCCACCGCACUUACGUCUCCCAGUCCGUCCACCUCUUCAUCCUCUACUUCUUCAACAUGGCUGUGCUGGCCACUUACCUCCAGCAGGAGGUCCUCAAGCUCAUCCCCCUGCUCACAGGGCUCUUUGCCAUUUCCCGGUAA